UUGUAUGUGCGCCACUGUUAGUGCACUAGAAGGAACAACAUGGGGCGCAUUUUGAAGCUAAAAUGACAGAUUUAACAGAGUGACCCUGGCCCUUUAAGAGCCAGUCUUUUUCAGCAGCGGUGGUGGCGGAGGAGAGCAGAGCAGUUUGGAGCUACAGACUGCGGAGCACAUCUCCAGCUGCUGUUAGCCUACCUGACAGCAGAGCAGGGCAGCCUCCUGGCUCACAUCGCAGCUUGCCGCGUCCUGGAGGGGAAUGGGGGCCACCUAGCCCGCUUACUAGCCGACUUGAUUUCCUAGAAGCGGGGGUAAAGCCUCACAGGCUGGCGGUCCAGCAAGAUGGUAUCCUGGAUUAUUUCGAGGAUAGUUGUCCUUGCCUUUGGGACGCUCUACCCGGCGUACUCCUCAUACAAGGCUGUCAAAACGAAGAAUGUGAAGGAAUAUGUAAAGUGGAUGAUGUACUGGAUAGUAUUUGCAUUGUUCACUACAGCAGAAACGGUCACAGACCUGCUCCUAUCAUGGUUUCCGUUUUACUUUGAGCUGAAGAUUGCAUUUGUGAUCUGGCUGCUGUCCCCGUACACUAAGGGCUCCAGUGUCCUCUACCGCAAGUUUGUCCACCCCACCCUGUCAAAUAAGGAGAAGGAGAUAGAUGAGUACAUUGCACAGGCCAAAGACAGGAGUUAUGAGACCAUGAUGAAGUUUGGAAAACGGGGUCUCAACCUGGCUGCUAAUGCUGCCGUCACUGCUGCCACCAAGGGACAGGGCGUUUUGUCAGACAAGCUGCGGAGUUUCAGCAUGCAGGACCUGACUCUCAUCAACGCUGAUGAUGAGCUGGUUCUGCACACUCACGAUGCACGCAUGAGACGGGACCCCAUGGACGAGAUGAGCUCGGGGUCCAGCACGCUGCCCCGGGCCAAGAGCACUGCUGCACGGCAGACCCGCUCCGCGGCAGCCGCUUCCCUUAUUGAUGACGCAUCGUCCCAACACAGCUCUGACCAGUCAGACACAAGGACUGAACACUCUGAUGAAGAUGUGGGAGAUAAAAGCCACAAGCGCAGUGCCAGUGUUAAGGCAACCAAGAAACCUGCUGCUGCUAAGACAGAGACUCAAACCAAGACAGUGAAAAAACCGGCGAAGAAGAAGACCACGACUAAUAAUGCAGAGACGCCACCCUGAGUCCUGCUGCUCACACGCGCUGGCCUCCACUCGCUCCACCCACAGCCUGCAGUCCCUUCUUCCCAUUUGGUGUCCACACAAAUGCACAUGUAGACCAUACAUAUAUAUAUAUGAGCAAUGAAACUGUGUCACUCUUGCUGGUUUCCAGAGCACAGUGUUAGUUUUUAGCAGUAAUAUGGAACUUUUUUUUUUUUUUUUAAACAUUUCCUGGCUCCUUGCGUGUUAUGACUCUCUCUCUCUCUUUAAGAAGAAUUUACCUGAUGUUUAACUUCUGGAGACAUUUUUUAAAAUUCUCAUGCAGGCCACUGUCUUGAGCGUAAUCUUGCUCUCACCCUUGUGGUAGAAAUCUUCAAAGGCUUGUCUUUAAAGCAGUGACACCUGGAACUGUUGGGUCUCAGUAUUUUGUCACAGUUUUAAAUAAAGGAGUAAAAGGCAAAAAGUCACCACUGAGGCCUGUAUUAAUUGAUGAGUGGGUGAGUGCAGCCAUCCUUACUGCUGUUAAGCUCAUGACCUCAUCACUCAGGACCACUGUGUCCUCACUCUUUUACAGCAGUGUAACCUGUUUUGGUUGUGAUCUACUUUAGUUUUAGACUCAUUAUUUUCUUUUUUUCCCUUGAAGGUUUAAAUUUUAGCUUCGCCUCAGUACGUCUGCAUUCCUCUGAGUGAGUCUGGCUCUGCUACGUUCAGGUCUCACUCUCACUGUUUCACAGUGACUUUCAUGUCAUCCGCAGUGCUGGUGAUGAAUUAUUUGUUCAGUGCUGGUUUUGUCAUCCUUCAUCUGGACGCAGCUCUGAGGUUAACCAUGAUCAUUUUUGUGUCUUUCUGUUUUGGUUAUGUGAUCUUAGUAACUAAUAUGAUCAGCUGUGCUCAGCUGGAUUAAGGAAAUGCUGCAAAUGAGUGAUGACUUUCUCCUAAGUGAGUGCAGUACAGUCAUAGGGGAGCUGCCAGUGUUAUCUGCAUUCACUACAGAAGUGGUGUUUGUGUAUUGUUUCUUUUCAACAUUACAAAGUGAUUGAGUACCUCUGCACUCUCUCGCACUCCUUUUACCCAUCUGUGUGGUGACACUUUGACGGAUUUUUUUUUUUUUUCUUGUGCACUGGAAGCCAGGAUGGUUCUAUAGAAAUAUGUGAAUAGUGAACCAAAUGAAACCUCUGCGAGUAAUUAUUUUAGUCUCAGAUGUGGAGGGAGAGUCAGAGCAGGCUGUGGGUAUUCCUAAAAUCACUGGACUUCUGGUUGCCAGCCACUGCAGUGCACUUUCUCCUGAGUGGAGAGAGGAGAUUUUAAAGCCUGAGAGGAAGUCAGUGCUCAUUACUGCUGCCUGCAGUGUGACACUUGAACCAGUAGGGGGAGGCAAACCCCACCUCUACUGUUGGCUGAAGUUGCUGAACCACAUGUAAACACCAUGUAAAUAGUAACCUUGACUGUAUAUACAGUAUGAGCUUGCUUGCCUUAUUCAUUCUCUGGGCUUAAAACAGUUGUUUUUAUCAUUUCUGCUCCUUCUGAUUCUUAGUCUGGAUAAAUCAUACAGACUGAGAAUAGAGGAACCUCAGACUUUAUCAGUAAAGACUUCUGGUAGUAGAAGUGAUUUUUGAAAUUUUAAUUAACAUGUUUACUUUUUCCUGGAGACAUUUUAACUCCAUCUCAGUGUAGGGAAUCCGAUCUUAUUCUUGUGCAUUCACAUUUGCUCAGUUUUCAGUAUUUUAGGGUCAGCAGGUGGAAACCAGUCUGUUUUUUUUGUUUGUUUUUUUUUCCUUAAUUUAAUGUUUACACUAAAUAAAAAGGCAUCUCAUACUGAAAAUACAUUUUGUGUUAUCAAGAUACUGCUCUGCAUUUUUAUCUUGUCAUUUUGAGAUAUUUAUUGUUGAUUAUUUUGUGUUUAAAAUCAGUAUUGUAUGCAGGGAUGUUCAUUUGUAUAUCGUUUGUGCCAACUCUCAAAGCUCCAUAUCAGGAAGGAUA